CGCGCCGCCAUCCUCUGCUCCCAACCCGACGGGCGGAUGUGACGUCGCCGGGCCGCUAGGUUGCUGCGCAGUUCUCCAGAUCAGGGGGAGGGAGGAAGGCAGCGAGGCUUAGCGCGGAGGCGGCUCGUUUCUUGUGGUGGUGGUUGCGGCAGCGCCCUCCUCUUCCUCCUCUUCUUCGUCUUCCUCCUCCUCCUCCCGCCGAGGGCCCUCGAGAGACAGAGCUCGACAGCCGGGCCAGGGUCGCCGCCCUCGCCGCGACGACGACCAGCCGCAGUUCGUUAUUGAAAUCAUGAAUCCUGUUUAUAGUCCUGGUUCUUCUGGGGUUCCCUAUGCAAAUGCCAAAGGAAUUGGUUAUCCAGUUGCUUUCUUCUCAGCUGGAUUUCCAAUGGGCUAUGCAGCUGCUGCUCCUGCCUAUUCUCCUAACAUGUACCCUGCAGCAAAUCCUACAUUCCAAACAGGUUACACACCAGGCACACCAUAUAAAGUCUCCUGCUCACCCACCAGUGGUGCGGUGCCUCCCUAUUCAUCAUCACCCAACCCCUACCAAACUGCAGUGUAUCCAGUCCGAAGUGCCUAUCCUCAGCAGAAUCCAUAUGCACAGCAAGGCACUUACUACACACAGCCUUUAUAUGCAGCACCACCCCACGUAAUUCAUCACACUACAGUUGUGCAGCCCAAUGGAAUGCCAGCAACUAUGUAUCCGGCACCAAUUCCACCUCCCAGGGGAAAUGGUGUCACUAUGGGAAUGGUGGCUGGGACCACAAUGGCAAUGUCAGCAGGCACCUUGUUGACAACACAUUCCCCAACUCCUGUAGCCCCACAUCAAGUUACAAUGCCCACUUAUCGGGCCCCAGGAACUCCAACCUAUAGCUAUGUGCCCCCACAGUGGUGAUUACCAUGCAGUGUUUGAAGAUGGGAGAUAUGCAAUCAAGUAACUGAGGUUUAAAAGUUGGUGCUGAAGCCCUCAUGCCUCCAACCAGGACUGAAUUCUUCUGAAUGCUUGCAACCCUUUGCUAAACACUAAUUCCAGAUCACUGAAGAUUUCCCAGUGCUGCAUAUCUUACAUCUUGGAACUCCAACAGUUAGUCUUAAAGCAAAUCCUGUUUUGUGGACCGUCUUGCAAUUUUUAGCUAAUUAUAAUGAGUAAAGGGAGUAUAAAUUUAUUGAUCAUAUCUAGUUGAAUGCAUGUCUAAAACUCACAAAGCUUGCUCAAUCUACCUGCUGUGACUGAUGCAAAAACCGUCAUAUGCAAAAUCCAAAGGAGCCGAAAAAAGUAUUUUACAAUUAGUAUCACUAAUGCACUGUUGUAAUGUAUGCAGGGUCUUAAGGGGUAGAAUUGUGACCGUGAUUUUUUUCAUAGAUAUACAUUAGGAAGUGCUUUAACCUUUUAAGGUUUAUGAAAGCACCAGUUAAAGGGGGCCCAGUUAAAUGCUAUUUUCCUUUUCUAGUUCAGUGACUGGAAAAUGAGUAGUUUUUGGGGGGUGGUAUAUUACAGAGCAUCGGUUUACCAUACAUACCUUUUCCAUUUCUUUUUUAUUCAGUGUUAUAUGGACAUUCUUAAGGAUAAGAAUGAAAUUUUGUAGGAAAUAUGUGGUUAUCAGUGGAAAAAGUCUUGCUGUCUACAUCAUCAAGACAUUCUAAUUUCAUUUUUUGCCUCCUGGAAAAAUCAGUUUUAGAUGAUUAAUGUGUCCAGAACAAAUGUCUGUGCUGCCGAUAGUAACAAAUUUUCUUUUGAUUUCAGCUCUUCCCCCAUCCUGCAAAUGUGCUAGUUCUGAUUAGUUAUCAAAAUUGCAGUUCAAACCAACUUGUUUUUUAGAUAAUUGUCUAGGGUCAAUAUUUUGGCUCAAUAGGAAGGAAUUCAGUAGCAUGUUCAGGAAGAAAGUUUCCAUAAUUGAUCCAUUAAAGGGAAACAAACCACUUAUAUCUUUUUAUUGACUUGUUUUCCUUGCCCUGUGGAUGGGAAUUAAAUGUUUUCCAAAAGGAAAAAAAGUAGAUGUAAAUUAGAAAGUGACCAAGUAGUUAUCCAUUUGUGAAUGGUAUUGACACCAGCUUCGCUGCAUGCUAUUUACCACCUUAGUUGCGUGUGCAAAACGAGAAUUGAAAAAAGUGAUAGGCAUUCUGCUGCAGCAAACCACCCCUGAACUCCUUGCUUACAGCUUUGAAUUUCUAUUGAAGUACCUCAGUCAAUUCUGUGGGGAUAUAGGGCUAGUCUUAGAAUCAUUUUGUGCACCAAAAUUAUUACGGCUUUUAAAGAUUUUAGUGACAGUGCUAAAAGCAAUCAAGGGCUUUCUUUAAAUUGGCAUCCAUUAGGGAAACAAUAAUGGGACUUUAUUUUCCCCCAAUACUUCCUAUCUGCAGUAAAUUGUGCAGCAUAUGGUUACAAAAUAUUCAUCUUAUUAUUGAUAUUUUUCUGCUAACUUACACUGUUAGUAGAGUAUUCACUAGUUUUUGGAUUUUUUUUAAUUGUGAGACUGAACAUGGCUUUGAUUUACUUUUGGGAUAAUCAGCUUUUAAAAUCAGGUUUUCCAGCUACUUCAUUGCAGCACACAUGCCGAUUUUAUUGCUGCCUUCCCCACAUUUUCUUGGGGCAGGUGGCUUCAGCAUCUCAAAUCCCAGUAGUGUCUGGGGCUUGAUUACUCUAUUUUUAUGGUAGGCAGUCUUUUUAUUGUUUUUUACUUAAGUUUUUAUAUUUUCCAUAGAUCAUUCUAAAUAACCCCCCUUGAUCCAGAUGCUUUUAGCACAACAAAAAUCAAGACAUUUAAUUUUAAGCUUGAGCACUUGUUGUAACCUAGAAAAUUCUCCAUACAGUGGGCAAAACAGUUCCUACCUUUUGAAUCUUUUCUGCUUUGAAUGAGUCUGCUUAGUUAAUCCAUUUGUGAAGUCUUGUUUGUAAUUCUGGUUUGCAAAGUGCUCCAUGGAGUAGUGAUCCUUCAGUAAUGGACAAAUGUUCAACCUAGCAAGUUUUUAAAGUAAUUUUCUUGCUACAUAUAAAUAUUGUGAGCUUUGAAACACAGCUGUUGUUGGAGACAUGUUGAAACAAAUGCAAGCACUGCCCCCACCAGUCUCUUUAACUUCAGUGCCCUGAUAUUUUUCAGCUAAUGCAGCACUUUGUGAAAGGAAAGGACAAGUUAUAAUUUAUUCUUGAGUUUCGGAUUUCUAAAUGCUUCUUCCUCCUCUUUUGGACACAGCAGUAGCAACAGCCUUUAGAUGAUCUCACCUGAGCACUUUUUUCUAAGUUGUGUUAUGAGAUUCAUCUGCAAAGGAGGAAUAGUACUUCUUGCAAAAGUUACUGCACCUUCCAUAAAUUCUAAUCUGGGUGGUUGGGAGGGAGAGGGCCUUUUACUAGAGGUGGUUCCAGGCCAUCGGUAGAGUCCGUAGGGAAGUAACCAAAAGCACAGUGAAGAGAGGAUGUAUAUAGCUUGGUAUAUUGUUGCAAAUAGAAAAGCAUGACUAUGAGACUGAAAAUUUGUACUGAAACUGGGUUAUUGGCAGCAGAAGGCUGUUGUGAAAUUCUUUCUCCUGCUGUCAAUCCAUUCCCUGUUUAGAAAUCCUGUGGGGAGGGUUUUCGCGGGUGGGCUUGGGAAAACCUCAAAUUCUUAAUACGUGGCUGCAUUGGAAUUCCCUAGAAAGCUUUAACAGAAGCUAAUGCAGUGUAGACAAGGCUCAAAUCAAGCUGCUUUCGAAUGAAUGCAGCUUUAAAAUAUACGUAGGAAAUGGAUUUUUAAAAAUUACAGCAAUAACAGAGAAAACAGAAGAUCUGGGCUUAAUUUUACAUGUUAUGUUUUUGAAUAAUGUUGAAAGUAUCCUUUAUGAGACAUUGCCAAAGUAGAUAACACAGUAUUCUGAGUGUGUCUUUAAAACACUAGCAAAAUAGUCACAUUCUAUGGAAACAUCAAUUGCCCAAGAAACUGAUAGAUAUAGCCAUUGGUAUUUAGCAUUAACCAACUGACAGGGAACUAUUUCUCAUAUUAUUAAUCCUGUCUAUAAAUGUAUCACUAAAAUAUUGCCAUGUAAAGUGUCUUGAUGCUAUAUGAUGGAGAUAAUUCUGGUGGUUAGAAAUUCACUUCAGCCAAAUUCCUAAAGCUGAAAAGCCACUUUGAAAACAACAUUUCUAAUCUAUGUAGAUUAAAGUUUAUGGCACGGUAUUUGUAUAGCGACAUUCCAUGGCAGCUGAUCUUCAGAGCCAUUUUCAGAGAAUACUGAAUUGAUUAAGCUGAGCUUUCUCCUGUUCCAAUGUAUUUCUGAUGAAAGCGUUGGUUGAAAAUGGUCUUAUGAGACUAGUUUCAUUUUGUUAUAGUUAAAAUGCAAGGAAUCUUAGAUGCCACUUUUGUUCUAAACACAGCUGAAAAAUUCACAUCCAUUUAUUUCAAUGUUGACACGAUUAGACUAAUAUCUAGACCUAAUAUAACGUGACUUCAUUUGGCGGGGAAAAAUCAGCAUUUGUAGUCAGUAACUCCUUAAUAGUUGUGACACGUACAUAGCAUUCUCUACUGGGUAAUCUUGUUAGGCAGUGUCAAGGGAAUGGAAACUGCUCUGGUGUUAAGCAUUUUUUCUAUCUGUGCAUGUAAGGCACUAAGCUUCAAAUCCAGAGCUUGCUUUGUGAUCUUUUUUUCAUGUGCACCUGGAGAUUUCCUGCAAGCUGCCUCCCCUGUUAAAUAGAAGGGGCUCCCUCUAUGGAUGUUCCUUUCCCAGUGUCUAAAACUCUCACAUUUAGUAGAAAGGGAAGCUCAUGCAGGCAAGGGAGCAACUAGUGUGCAGUGAAAGAACAGUAAGGAAGCUCUUGGUUGGGCUACAAGUUUUCAUCAGAUCUGGAGAGAGAUAACAGAUAAGCUCAUUUUUGAAUUAAUUAUCUCCAAACUGUCUCCUCAGAAUAGCGAAGGCAUUUUACUGGUGCUUAGGGGAUAUUGAAGUGCCAGGCAUAUUUCAUGUGGCAUGGAAAAAAUUGAAUAUCCCAGUAUCAGGAGAAACAUAUCAAAAUAUUCAUAACAGUUGGCCUCCAAUUACCUGACACCAGUAUCUGUGUGACUUGUUCCAAUCUGAUGUGACUUUUGAGCACUUAGCAAGCAAACUGGGGAAACUUCAUUUAGCUUGCUGCUGUACAGACUUGUUUUUAGUAGAAUGGAUUUGUUAGUGGGAUUUUAUUGUAGUGCUAUUAUUGGCUGCCCUUGUGGGGUGAAAGGGGGAGUGCAUGCGACAGGUGCAAGAGGCCCCAGUAAUAGUGUUUGUUAUGAAAUAGGCACAGGUUUCCUUUUUUUAUAACUUUUUUUUAAAAGACUGUCUUAAAGCAGUUGUAUUGGUACUUUUUCCCAAGUUUAGGUCAGUGUUGUCUUCCAGAACAAGUUUAAAGCAUCACAUUUGCAUUGAACUUUUGCAUCAACACAUAGGAGUGGCAAAUCCAUUCUGAGCCAAUUGUGUAAAAUCCAUUUUUAUUUUUAUGCAAUUCAAUGAGUAGACAAGCUCAGAGUUAAAAUUCUUAAAAGCACGUUUAUGUAACAGGAAUUGUUAUGUAUUAAUACUUCAGUUUUCAAUAAAGAUUGACUGUGUUGCU